AUGAGCGCUGAGCAACACCUCAACGGACUGUGGGAUGAGCUCGUGCCAGUCAUGAAGGAGGUUGCCGACGUGUUCGACCGCGGCGGAGACGAUCCAGAAGACAGCAGGUCUUGGAGGCUCGCGGAGAUGGUCGGCAGUCGUUGGGUCAAGCUCAUGUGGACCUGGCAAAAAGCAUGUUCUCUGGGGGAGAAUUACGAGGCUAGGAGACAGGAUCGGCGUGACGCGGCCGAUGUGCAACGUCGUUUCCUGAUGGCGUUGAGGAGAUUAUUCGACAGACAUCACGAAAGCGCGAGCCUCGAAACUCCUCGACUCUUCCUUUGUGACCAGGCGAGGCGGAUACGCAGCAAGAAACAGUCGAACCGCGGCGAGGACGUUGAAGAUGAGGACGACACGACCGAGACGGCGUCUGCCUGCAGUCCGAGAGUCGAGGAAGGAGACUUCGAGGCAGUAGAUAUGAAAGCGCAGGAGAAUAUGGCUUCGGACCCUCAACUUGAUGGCCUUGUGAGUCUCGUGGAUAGUGGGGAUGGCUCUCAGUUCCCUAUGGAGGGGUGCGAUGUGCAGGAACAUGCGGGUGAAGCAAAUGGAGAGGGGGCGGAAGCGCAGGACGGCGACGACGAGGAGAAAGAAGUAGAUGAUGAUGAUGGCGAAGAGGGAGCCGAAGCACAAGACGAAAACUGGCCGCGAAUACUCGCAAGCCGUCCCUAG